AAAAUUGACAAAGCUACAAAUUGUAUUGAUCAAUUGGGCGUUAGGGUGGGGAGGAUUAAGUUAUGAGGAGGUAUCACAAUGCGCGCAUCGAUCAGUGUGCGCCGAGUCGUCCUCGCGGCAAGGUGGGUUGAAUGUGUGUCUAUGAGAAUCUUCUGUGUGUGUGAAAACAAGCAAAAGAGAGAGGGUCAGAACAAAGAAAGAGAGUUGCUUUCGUCCGGUACUGUGUUGUGCAGUGAACACGUGUGCGUGUGCGUCUUGUCUCUGGUGAUCUAGAAAACGUGCCGAACGUCCGGGUGAAUCUUGCAAUGUCACGAAAUUAAUCGUACAGGAAGAAAACGAAGUUUCUUUCUAAUUUCUCUUUCGAGUAUAACUUUCAAAAUAUCAACUUAACCUCUGAACUUGCAACUUAGAACAUAUCUUUAUGCACCACGUGCUGUUUUCUGGAUCUAAAUAUUCUUGACAAUACCAAAGAGUCUAAAAUAGCAUGCCAAAUCAAACAUGGAUCCUAAAGAACAUCCUCAUUUGCCUUCUUCUUAUUGGGACGUUGAAGUCCUCCAUCGGAAAGCCCAUCACAAGUCGGUCAAGAAGAGAAGCAGAAAUAAUGGCGACCAACUGGACGCAGCUUGCAGACGAAUGGUUCGCUGCCAGAGCAAGCGCCGCAGAAAGAUUUGAUGUUACCGUUUUACCUUUGACUGACAGAUUCAGAGACUUGCCUCCAACUGCAGACACUUUCGUUAUUAACGGCACCAGUUCUGACCAACUUUCACGGUACAAUUAUUCAAGAAUGCUAUGGGAAAUGGAAUCCGUCCAAUCAAGUGGACACCUCUCAACAUUCGUAGACAAAGCUUUAAAACUCUUAGACCUAAGACAAGUAAUGAUGGAAGUCGAAACGUCAGUAAUGUCAAAAGUGUCCUGCACAGCGUGCAAAGUUGGCGCUGGACUUCUUCUGCACUAUAUCAAGGUCGGCAAGAGUGAUGAAGAAAUUAUGACCAGUAUUUACCAGUUUUGCGUAUCUCUUAAUAUUCAGAGUCCCCGAGUUUGCCAGGGUGUUACUUUACUCUUUGGGGGGGAAGUAAUCUACGUUUUGAAGCAAGUAAACAUGGGACCAAAUCAGAUUUGUAGCUUCGUGAUAGGCGACGCAUGUGACAACACAUACAAUCCUCUGCACGAGUGGGAAGUGGUGUUUCCACCGGUGAACAAACCACCCGUAAAACCUCCUAUACCACCUCAAGAAGGUGCGCCGACCUUCAAAGUCCUUCAUAUCUCUGAUACCCACUACGACCCUUAUUAUCAAGAGGGUGCCAAUGCAGAAUGUAACGAACCAUUAUGCUGCAGAUUGACCAACGGAGCACCCCUGACUCCAGCCGCAGCUGCUGGCCGAUGGGGUGAUUAUAGAAAAUGUGACACGCCAAAAAGAACCGUUGAGCAUAUGCUCAAACACAUUGCUGACACACAUUCAGAUAUAGAUUAUAUACUGUGGACCGGUGAUUUACCACCUCAUGAUGUAUGGAAUCAGACGCGGGAAGAAAAUCUGAAAGUGUUGCACGAGACGGUUACACAGCUCAUUGAAAUGUUUCCUGGAAUACCGAUCUUUCCGGCUCUGGGAAACCAUGAAAGUGCUCCAGUUAACAGCUUCCCACCACCAUUCGUGCCAAAAGACAAUGAUAUAUCCUGGCUGUACGAUGCACUCGAUAAACAUUGGAGACGUUGGCUACCAGCAGGUGUUUCGCACACUGUCCGACGUGGUGCAUUCUAUUCGGUCUUAGUCCGUCCAGGCUUCAGGAUUCUGUCUGUAAACAUGAAUUAUUGUAACAAUAAAAACUGGUGGUUGCUAUUAAAUAGCACGGAUCCGGUCAGCGAAUUGCAGUGGCUUGUUUAUGAAUUGCAAGGCGCAGAGAUGAAUGGAGAAAAAGUUCAUAUUAUUGGUCAUAUACCACCUGGACAUUCGGAUUGUUUGAAGGUGUGGUCUAGAAACUAUUAUCAGAUCAUAAACCGGUACGAAUCGACAAUCGCAGCACAAUUCUUUGGACAUACUCAUUACGAUGAGUUUCAGCUGUUUUAUGAUAGUAGUGACCUAGGAAGAGCUGUUAGUAUAGCAUAUGUAGGACCGUCGGUUACCCCCUAUUCUGAUCUCAAUCCAGGAUACAGAAUAUACUACGUUGAUGGUGAUCAUCCGAAGACCACCAGAAUGGUUGUGGACCACGAAAGUUGGGUUAUGAAUCUGAAGGAAGCAAAUCUGUACGAUUAUCCUAUUUGGCACAAGAUGUACAGUGCACGACAGGCAUAUCAAAUGUCCUCGUUAUUACCUAAAGAUUGGGACUCGUUAAUAGAUAAGAUGAGCAAUGAACCGUCACUUUUUGAUCUUUAUUAUAAAAAUUAUUACAAAAAUUCUCCCGUACGACCGCCAUGUAACGACGAAUGUCGAAAGAGGUUACUCUGUGAUUUACGAAGUGGAAGAAGCCAUGAUCGCAAAGCACUGUGCCAGAGUCUCGAGUCAAGGAUAGAUGGUGAAACAAGAACGGGUUGGAGGGCUUGGAUUUACAAUGGACUUGCUUUAUCAGUAUCUGUUUUUAUGGCAAUUCCUCGAUUUGCGUACAAUUUACCCAAGUACGUUUUAGGCCUAGGAUAAAUGAAGACAUCACUGGAAGGGUAACCGAUGGUGGUGUCUGAUAUUAAAUUAGCAACUAAGACGCUGACAUCGUUAUUUCAUUGUUUGAUAGCCACAGUAUUUGACUACUUGCAGCAAUAUACGAAAUGUCACGUAUGAAUAUAUUUGACAUUCGUAUAAAAUUUAACCCUCGUGAUUGUGAGGUUAUUUUGAGAAGAAAAUUUGGCAGCUUCAACUUUGAGGAUUUUGAAAAAUAUAAAAUUUUAUUUUGAUUAAAAUAUUCAAAUUUUUUUGGUAAAAUAUUCACAACAGUGUCAGUUAUUCGUCCAA